CCUUGUCUGUCGUUUUAUUUAUUAUUAUAGUCUCAGAAAAAUACUGAUUGCUUGUGUCGUGGCAGGCCGGAAUCCCUCCAGGAGUUCUAAAUGUGAUUUUAGGUUAUGUCUCAACUGCUGGUGCGCUCUCUGCUCUCACAUGAAUGUGGACAAGCUUGCUUUUACUGGAUCAAGAAGCACCGGAAAACUAGUUCUUGAAUUAGCAUCAAAGAGCAAUCUCAAACCUUUCACUUUGGAGCUUGGUGGGAACUCUCCAUUUAUAAUAUGUGAAAAUGCAGAUAUACACCAAGCAAUGGAGACCACUUGUUUUGCUCUAUCUUUUCAACCAGGGACAAUGUUGUUGUGCUGGGUCUUGUACCUUUGUCGGCCAAAGUAUAUAUGAUGAGUUUGUUGCCAAAGCAAAGGCGUGAGCUGCAAACGGAUCUGUUGGAGACACAUUUAAGCAGGGCAUUGAGCAAGGUUCUUCUUUGUGAUAGACCCCUUUAUGUUUCUUGACCGUAAUCUAAACUUAGAACUUGCAUAUUAUUGUGUAUGUUAGAAUAUUGAUAAAUCAACCUAUGGUAAUUGAUAAUAUCAGUGUUGACUUCUUAAUUUUUAGAACUUUUGCUGGGCACAGCAUUUGUAUUCUGAUAAUUUACAAUAGGGCUUACAUUGUAACAUAUACAACAAAGUUUGGAGGUUUGGCA